CUUAAAAUUUUCUCAUAAGUUUAAUCAGGAAUUACUUGAUCUUAAAGCACACUAAAGAGUUGGUCUAUUUUUCCCAGAGUUUUUCAAGUUCAAUGAGUGCCUUGAAAGCUCAAUCCAUUCUCUUACAGAACUAUAAAUACUUCUCCAAGUUUAAGGCAUUUCCAUCACCAAGCAUCCCUUCAACACAUCUCUUCAAUCCUCUUAAUUAAGACGACGAAAAUGGCUACUCAAUCAACCAAAGUCCUCUUCUUUGUUCUCUUCUCCUUCGCAAUUUGCCGCACUCAUGCAGCACUCAACGCUCACUAUUAUGAUCAAACAUGUCCACAAGCCGAGUUUAUUGUAUCACAAACGAUUCGCAAUGCUUCUAUAUAUGAUCCCAAAGUCCCAGCUCGUAUCCUCCGUAUGUUCUUCCACGACUGUUUCAUCAGGGGAUGUGAUGCAUCAGUUUUACUCGAUUCAACACCUGAGAACGAAGCAGAGAAGGACGGGCCUCCUAACAUCUCAGUUAGAGCAUUCUACGUAAUUGACGAUGCUAAGGCCAAGCUUGAGAAGGCAUGUCCACACACAGUUUCUUGUGCUGAUGUACUCGCCAUGGCUGCUAGAGAUGUUGUCGCUAUGACUGGAGGACCAAGCUGGAACGUACUCAAAGGUAGAAAAGACGGAAGAGUAUCAAAGGCUAAUGAUACUGCCAAUCUCCCAGCUCCAUUCUUAAACGCGACAGGACUGAUUCAGGCCUUUGCUAGCAGAGGAUUGAGUGUUAAGGAUUUGGUUACUCUAUCUGGUGGACACACUCUAGGCUUCUCACAUUGUUCUUCCUUUGUAGCUCGCGUUCACAAUUUCAGCACAUUACACGCAACUGAUCCUAGCAUGAACACCGAAUUUGCCAGCUUACUCAAGAACAAGUGCCCAAGUACAAACAACAACGGCGAUGCAGGACAGUUCCUAGACUCAACUGCAUCACAGUUUGAUAAUGACUACUUCAAACAAAUCAUUGCAGGAAAGGGUGUUUUCGGAUCAGACCAAGCCAUGUACAAUGAUCCAAGGACUAGACCGAUCAUUGAGGCAUUCGCCAAAGACCAAAACAUGUUCUUCAGAGAGUUUGCAGCCUCAAUGAUAAAGCUUGGAAAUGUGGGGGUUAAUGAAGUAGGAGAAGUGAGACUGAACUGCCGAAAACCAAACUAAGUUCCGGAACCAGAUCGUGUACAUACAACACACAUGGAAGAGACGAAAGCGAUUCCAAGAGAAUGUGUAAAGAGAAAAGAAGACAUUUCUAAUGUAAUAAUGUUUGAGUGAGAAAAAAAAUAAGCCAUAACUAAUUUGUUCCUCAUGUUCUUGAAAGAUGAUGUUAUACUGUAAAGAUUUUUUUAUAUGUUUGUAUACUCAACAAAAUGGAGUGUGAAUUAUUAUUUUCUUACUUA